CUUACCCGGGACGCGGUGUGGCUCAUCCUCAAGCACCCGGAUACCGUCCACAGACGCCUAGUGCGCCACCAAUGGCACCUGGAAUGGUAGUUCCCGGACGAUUCAGUUCAUCGCAGUUGCCUGGGGGUGUUCCGCCUCUCCUGGCUUCAGACCAGUGCUUCCAAGCGCCCCUCCCGCGGAGCCAAACAAUCCUGUUGGAAGACCUUCUGUGCCAGGCCGCAUGUAUCCGAGCCUUCCAGGUUACCCUGGUGGUCAGCACCCAGGACCCGUACAACGCGGCCACCCCUCGAACCAGUAUCCCGGACAAGGCCAACGUGGCUACCCACCGGCCCAGUAUCCAGGUGCAGGGCACGGUCAGCUAGGGUACCCUGGCGGACGUUAUCCAACGCCAGGCACGGGACAACCUGGAAAUCUCCCAGUAGCCAGCAGGCCAGCCACGAAUCCCGUAGCGCCUGGACGUACGUACACAAGAAGGCCGGCUCCGGCCUCAACUCCGAGGCCUGCCCCCUAUCCCACAAUGCCACCUAUGAGAUUCGUGCCUCCAAGAGCUCCUUAUCCUGGACAGGCAAGCAGACCGGCUACUCCGGGCUCUUAUCCGGGACUGCCAUCUUAUCCGGGACGCGGGGUCUCUUACCCUCAAGCGCCGGUCCGCCAACCACAGGUGCCAAGCGCACCACCAUUGCCACCGGGAAAGGUACCUCCGCGAAACAUUCACCCUGGGGGGCAGCCGGGCGCAGUUCAGCACCUGCCUCAGUUUAAACCAGUGCUCCCUAGUGCUCCUCCUGUAGAGCCAAGUCACCCUCACGGUAGACAUACGAGUUACGUUAGCGGUCAGUAUCAAGGAAGUAGCCAGCCAGGCCGCUCUAUGGAUCAGUAUCCUGGACGUGGGCAAAUCGUCUUUCCUGCAAGACAGGAACCUGGUGCGAGUCACGGCCACGCAGGCACCAUGGGUUCCUCAUCCAGGUCAUCCGGAGGCUCAUCUAGAAGUUCCGGAAGCUCUUCAAGCUCUUCCAGAGGUUCCUCCGGUUCGUCUUCAUCUUCCGGCUCUUCUUCCAGUUCGUUUUUGUCACUGUUCAAGAGACCGGGAGGAGGCAGGCCGUCAAAACCGAAGCCACCCGGACCCAUAUACGUCACCAGAAAGCCCGCUACACAGAGGCCUACACCGAGGCCUAUUCCUAAGCCUACUCCUAGGCCCGCCCCGUAUCCCACUCAGAGACCCGCACCUUACCCUACGCAACCCAGGCCAGUGCCUCCAAGUGCCCCGUCUUACCCGGUACACGGAGGUUCCUAUCCCAACGUACCAGGUAACCGGCCGCAGUCUCCCAGCGCUCCGCCGAUGGAGCCUGGAAAAAUAGUUCCCGGUCAGGUCAACCCAGUACAGCAGCCGGGUGGUGGUCAACACCCUCCAGGUUUCAAGCCGAUGCCGCCUAGCGCUCCUCCCGCGGAGCCCGGAUACCCGGGAGGAAGACCCUCGGCCCCCGGUUAUCCAAGCGGAAGCUAUCCCGGUUAUCCGGGCGGUCAGUAUCCGGGCCAAGGCCAACCAGGCCGCCCUCCGAGCCAGUAUCCAGGACAGAGCCAGCCCGGUUACCCAUCAGGUCAAUAUCCUGGCGCCGGUCACGGCCAACCGGGCUACCCUGGCGGUCACUAUCCGGGGCAAGGCCAACCUCAGCCCGGGUAUCCCGGCGGACGAUAUCCUGCACCAGGACAGCCGAGUUACCCAUAUCCACCAGGUGGCCAGUAUCCUGGUCAGGGAAGACCGGGCUAUCCUUCCGGACAAUAUCCAGGUGGAGGUCAGAGUUAUCCUGGAGGCCAGUACCCCGGAGGUCAUUACCCAGGUGGUCAGUACCCCGGAGGUCGCUACCCUAGCGGAGGAGGCUACCCAGGUGGUAGUUAUCCGGGCGCUUACCCGGGCGGUUACCCUUCAGGCGUGUACACCCCUCUCGCACCCAAAAAGCCCACGGGUCUUCUAGGACAACUGUUGGGCGGGAGUAGUGUCCUGGGCGGCGGUAAGAAACGUCCGGGUCACGUGUUCGCGCCUGCGCAUCCCUUCUAUGGUGGCAUGCCAGUAGCAACUGCGUACGGUGUCGAAAGGAGCCUCAAGAAGAAAGGCAUUAAACAGAAGGAUAUUGCCAAGGUGAUCGGCGCUGCGCUGCUUUACAAGACGUUGCGUCACCGCAGGAAGAGAUGGAAGCCCAAAUUCUACGGCGGUUACUACGGCUCCGGUUACUACGGCUCCAGUUACUACUACGGCGGACGACGCUAUUAUGGCUCCCCUUACGAUCGCUAUCGCAACCGGACUUCGUACAACAGCACAAGCGGUGCUCCAUUGGGCAACAUAACCGAUUCUGGGAUCGACAAUGCCACUUACAUAGAGGAGUGCCGUUACAAGAAGGAACCGUGGGAAGAGUGCGACCGUGCCACCAACACCCAGAAGCGCAAGCUCAUCCUCAAGCGCGGCAGCGGCAAGUGUGAGCCCACCAAGGAGCUCACCAGAAACUGCAAGAAAGCGUGCCGUUACGAGAAGGGGGCGUGGAAUGCGUGCAACGUGACGGCCAACACGCGUACCCGGGUGGACAAGCUCAAGCCCAGAAGCGACCCCACGUGCGAGCCUAACCGUACAGUCACCAAGAAGUGCAAGUCCGGUCUCGGCUGCCGCUACAACCGCAGCGUCAAGUGGAGCGAGUGCGACCCUACGACGCAGACCCGGACCAAGACCAUGCCGCUGGUCAGUGGCAACAGCGCGUCAUGCGAGAGCCACAAGGUGGUCACCAAGCCUUGUCGUACCAACGGGGACCAGCGCCAGGCGAAGCGCAAGCCAAAGCAGGAUGAAGAAGAGGAGGAGGAGGACGAGUGAAUAUAAUACAGGUGGACGGCUGUUUCGAGCUGCCUUGGCUCUGUGGAGAGAAGGCAGCCGAGAUGACCUUCCAAAAGAUACGUGGGCACAAGGGGGCUGUUUAUUCCAAACAACGUCGUCAUCUUGAAGCCAGCACGGUGUCCUUCCAACGCAAGACGACCCGCGCCGCCGGAUGUAAAGAUGGUCUGCACUGACGUCAUCAGCUGUGUCCGUGACGUCACGUGCAGGCUAUCAAAAUAGGGGUCAGGGGAUACCUGCGUUCUGCG